GCUGUCAGUUGGAGUAACACAGGGCAAUGAGGGGUUCGGAGACACACGACUGUAGAGAUAACAUUCCUUAAACGUCAACUUUUUUUGCGUUUCAAGUCUCGGAUAUACUUCUGACCCAUUUUAAAGACAUGAUAUUUAGAAGUUAGAUUCAACCAUCCGUCUGCAUGACUAACUGCAGACAGAAAAAAGACUAAAACUUCGAUAGUGAAGCGACAUUGCUACAAAUGUGGCGUACUAACCCACAAACUGAAGCUGCGCGCCGAAAUUAACCUAAUCUUAUUAUUUUAAACUGGUAGAAAGUUAGUUUUUUUUUUUUUCUAUUUAUCUAAAAAAAAAAAAAAAAAACUCAGUUAAUGAAUGUGCAUUAUGUGUACAUGCUGUCUGGGGAGGAAUAUAUUCGGUUAUUUUGCAGUAUCAGAUAGUGUAGUUCAGUCAUGUCAGCAUCCCCUGUGAACUCAACCCGGGUCAGGCGCAGCAAUGACGGGUCCCCCAUCAACACCACCACCUCCUCCUCCUCUUCAGCGGCAUCAUCAUCCUCCGCCGGUAACGGCAGUGGCAACACGGGCCGGUUGCAGCCCAUUCGCUCAACGGUGUCCUACCAGCUCCUGCGUGGAAAUCAGCUGCACAGCCCGACCCGCCCUCCAGCGCCGUCAUCCUCCUCCUACUCCUCCAUCUCAGUCGGGAGCAACACAGAACCGACAGCAGCAUCACCAGCCCAGCACAGCGGCUCCUCCAGUCCCGGUAGCCCGACGCUCGUCAGCCCGGCAGGAAGCGGCUCGCUGGACGGUCGGCUGAUCUCGCGGCAGAGGCGCUCUCCGCCGGAGCACAGGAGCUCACCCGAGCGCUGUCCUCAUUCACCUGCCCUCAGAGUUGAGAGGUCAAAGUCGCAACAGGUGCGCAGCACAAGUGCUAUCCGACGGACUUCCUCUCUGGGUGCUAUCACUGGGCCCUACCUGAUAGGGCAGUGGCCACGCGAAUCCCACCUGCACAACCCCUCGUGCAUGAAAGACAAGUCCACACAGACUCCUGGAUGUUGGAGUGACGAAACCGAAGAGAAUAGGAACACACACCAGCGCUCGCCGUCCUGGGGCAGCACUGACCAACUUAGAGAGAUCACUAAGCUCAGGUUGCAACUGCAGCGCAGUAAGCAGGGUGGAGGCCGGCAGUCUAAGGACAGUAAAGAGCAUCUGUCCCCCCUCCAGUGCUGUACCAGCAGCACCAUCACCAUCAUCACUGCCACUACCAUCAGCACAGCCAGCCAAGCUCCGCCCAUGUCGAAGUCAGCACAGAUGCCACUGUCUAACAUCACAGUGCCAAAGCCUUCCAUCUCCAGAGUGCCCAGCAGCAUGGAGGGCAUCAACCACGAGCUGGAGAAAGUCUUCAUCAAAGACAAUGGAGAAAAGGAGGAGCUGAAGGCGCUGGAGGUUCCUGAUGGACGCAGGGCUCCAUUUCCUCCCCAGCAGCGCAGCAGCAGUAGUCGCGGAAUUGACACUCAGACGCCCUCAGUGCCUGGACGCUCCAGUAGCUGCUCCAGUCUGUCGCCAUGUCCGUCACCUGCAUGCCCACCCCGCUCACACGAUGGCAGCCCUUACUCCACUGACGAGAUGCUUGACGACAGAGACAAAGAUAGCGGCAGCAGUUCUCCUCUGCCCAAGUUCGCCUCAUCUCCAAAGCCCAACAACAGCUACAUGUUUAAACGAGAGCCUCCAGAGGGCUGUGAGAAGAUUAAAGUGUUUGAGGAAAUGACGUCCAGACAGUCUGCCACCGUCCCCCUGUUCUCCUGCCCUGAUAAAAACAAAGUGAACUUCAUCCCCACUGGCUCAGCGUUCUGUCCGGUCAGGCUCCCUGGCUCCCUGCUCCAGCACUCCAGCUCACAGCAGGAGGACGAGGCGUCACAGGACCCUCAGGCCAGUGCCAGCUCAUCAUGCCCCCUUGCCCCUCACCAUCACAUGCCCACUCAGGUCUCCACCAGCACCAGCACAGACGACCCCCCGGAAUCACUUGCCAUUUCACCCUCCCAACAGCAGGAGGUGGCGUCAGAAUCGCCCUUGCAGCCGCAGAACUUUGAAGUCAGCUAAAUUUGCACAGAGCUGGUCUCUGUCGUAACCCCGCCAGUCCCAGGCUGUGUAGAGGACCGUGACGCACCCAAAUUUCCUUCUAUUUCUCUGAUGGACCCCACCUUUGUGCUGAAUCUUUACUGUCUGCAUGGCAUAGCAACUGUGGCCCAAACAAAAAU